AUGGAUAUGCAACUUACACCUGUGUCAUCAGAGGAGGCGAUCUUCGAAUGGUCAACAAGCCCAGAUCUAGACGACGUUGAAGAAAUAAUACGACAAACUCAAGGAGUAUAUCGAUUUACUCCCAGCCAACCAAGAGUAGUAGGAGCACCAACUCGUCGACGAGUUCGGAUUGACGAAGAAACUUGUGGUGAUCAUUCGAGUCUCAAUUUUCAACAUUAUAAAUUCGAGAAAUUCCAAAUGAGAGCUGGAAGUAUGGAUGGUUCAGAUGGGUCAAAUUCUUCCGCAAUUACAGUCAUUACUUCGGCGACCUCAUCGUGUGGUGGUGAUCCUUGGAGUUCAGGAGGAUUUGUCGAAGAAGAGGAAGAAGGGCUUGAACAUAAUGGGUCGGCAGAAGGUAGUUGGGAUGGGGAACAUAUACAUGAACAUGAGCAGGAUCAAGACAUUGAUAUGUUGUUGGAACCGAAACUGGAGCCUUUAGAGGAUGAAUUGAACCUUCAGUCUGUCGCUCCGCGCACACCUUCGACAUUACGCUCGCCUACGCAGGCGAAACGACCUCGAGGCCGCCCGCGUAAGCAUCCUAUACAAACUACCGAGCCAUUGAAUAAGAUUGCCAAAGGACGAUCAAAGACCGGUUGUGUAACAUGCAGAAGAAGAAAGAAGAAGUGUGACGAAGCCAAACCUAGGUGUAUGAAUUGCGAAAAGAAUGCCGUCGUCUGCGAAGGUUAUCCAGAAAAACAAGUCUGGAAAAGUGGAAAGGAAAAGGCUGAAGAAGGUGCGACAUUAUGGAAUUGCCAGCUAUCAAGAGCGGAAGAACUGAUUCGAUCGACAGCCCGUAUGCGAAGGGUCAGCUUGCCCAGUGUUACACUCCAACCAGUGAUUCACGGGGUGGAAACAUCUGGGGACAAAGUUUUCUUCGAACAUUAUAUCUACAGAUUGAGCUCAAUUUUUACAGUCGAAGGGGUGGAGAAUAAUGCCUUCAAGGCUCAAUUACUGCCACUGGCUGUCGACCAUGUCGGUCUCAUGCAUUCAAUUCUUGCUCUUUCAAGCAAACAUAUUGACUACGAAUCGGAUUAUGGCAAGGAAUUACUUCAACAACACCCUGAUAUCGAUAGAAAAACCCUCGAGGAGAGAUCACAAUUUCACCACGAUGAAGCUAUGAAGGAACUUCAACACGACUUGGCUAGACAAGAAAGAGGCGAAAUUGAUAAUGUAGUCAUCUCUGCCUGCUUUGGCCAAAUGUUGUGUCUCGUUCUCCAAACCCUGGCAGACCCAAACCCUAACGGUGCACACCGUAUUCAUCUCAACGCCUAUCAAAAACUUAUCCAACAGUCCCCGCCUGCCGAAGGGCCUUUUUUGAACUUCAUUCAUGAAUUCUUUCAAUUUCAUAUCAUUCUCGAUGAGAUAAUCUCCCUACCAGAAGGUCGCGCUCGUUUAGGCACUGUGUCCGACGAUUGGAACAUCCCAACCAAUAUUAUCCAGCCCGGUGCCGUCCGUCUUCUUGGUGUCAACGAUGGCCUUUUUCUCUACAUGUCUAAAAUAACAAACAUUCGCAACUCCAUUCGCCUCAACAUGAAGAACAAAAUCGAUCCCGCGGUAGACUACACAGCUUUAUAUAGCGCCGCUGAGAUUGAUGUUGGGAUCCGGGAUUGGAAGCCCGUGUGGCCAGCUGGAGAUUCUAGAGAUCUUGCGGGUCUACUCUACAAGCAAAUGAUGUGGGUAUAUUUAUGGAGAACUAUCUAUCCUCCCAAGGACAAAAAAUGGAAACCCGAUGUUAGAAUUACUUUAGCGGUUGACGGUGGAAUUGCUUUACUGGCUCAAGUACCACCUCGCGAUCCUACUCAAACUCUUGUCCUAGCUCCAGCUUUCAUCAUCGGUUGCGCUGCCUUUGAAGAAAGACAAAGAGACCCUAUUAGGAAAGCCAUCGGUGUGGUGAAAGCAUACAUGGAAUAUCGAAAUUCAGAUGCAGCUUUGAAGGUGCUUGAAGAAGUCUGGAGAUUAAUGGAUGCUCAAGAUGAGAGGAGUUGGGAUUGGCAAAGCUUGGCUCAUGGUUUGGGUAUGGAUUUCUUGGCUACCUGA